AUGGAAUCUCGAUUAGUUGAUGGAAAUGGCGGGAUGGAAGAUUUCGGGGAUGUUGGUUUGGUUAUGUCUGAAGAUCAGAUACAUCGAGAAACAUAUGAAGUGGAACCAAAUGAUGGGUGUAGAUUAAUAGAAAGUUAUUCCGGGAGAGAAUUGGGCAUCUCUUGUCAUGACCUUUCUAUACAGGAACCAUACGAAGGCAUGGAAUUCAUAUCCGAAGAUGCUGCUAAAAUGUUUUACGAUGAAUAUGCCCGACAUGUAGGAUUUGUUAUGCGCGUGAUGUCUUGUCGACGCUCAGAAAGAGAUGGUAGGAUUCUUGCCCGCAGGCUUGGAUGUAAUAAGGAGGGUCAUUGUGUUAGCAUACGAGGGAAACUUGGGCCAGUUCGUAAACCAAGGGCCAGCACAAGAGAAGGUUGUAAGGCAAUGAUUCAUAUCAAGUAUGAUAAGUCCGGAAAAUGGGUGAUAACAAAGUUUGUGAAAGAUCAUAAUCAUCCAUUAGUAGUCUCUCCACGCGAAGCGCGCCAAACAAUGGAUGAGAAGGAUAAGAAAAUUCAGGAACUUACAACAGAGCUUCGGAUGAAAAAACGGUUGUGUACAUAG